CUACUUAUUUUUGCAAAUACUAGAUUAGAAAAAUUAGAUUAAAAACUGUCUCUCUUUUAAGUUUUUAACGUUUCUUAUUCUUCUAUUCGCUCUAAAAUUCUGGUCUGAGGUGUUAUCCGACAUCUGUAAUCAUGGCGGAAGAGAAAUUCAACCGUAAGAAUCCAGCAGUGAAGAGAAUCCUUCAAGAAGUUAAAGAAAUGCAAUCAAACCCCUCUGAUGAUUUCAUGAGUCUCCCUCUUGAGGAAAAUUUAUUCGAAUGGCAAUUUGCGAUAAGAGGACCAGCUGAUUCGGAAUUUGAAGGAGGAAUUUAUCAUGGGAGAAUUCAGUUACCUUCUGAAUAUCCAUUUAAACCUCCUUCCUUUAUGUUGUUAACACCAAAUGGUCGAUUUGAAACGCAAACUAAGAUAUGCUUAAGCAUAUCCAAUCAUCACCCUGAACAUUGGCAACCAUCAUGGAGUGUUCGAACUGCAUUGGUAGCACUAAUUGCGUUCAUGCCAACAAACCCAGGCGGUGCAUUGGGUUCAUUAGACUAUAAGAAGGAAGAAAGGCGUGUCCUUGCAGUUAAAUCGCGUGAAGCUGCCCCAAAAUAUGGGACUCCUGAACGACAAAGACUAAUUGACGAGAUUCAUGAAUACAUGCUUAGCAAGGCAACCCCGGUUCCCCAGCAAAAUCUUGAACAGAAAUCAGUAGAGAGCUCGAAUAACAUAGAAAGUGAAGAAGAAGUUCAGAUGAACCCCGACAAUGACAUAAUAGCUGAUGUUGCUGGUGCUGAAAUUCAGCAAAACCCAGUAGUUGAUGGCAUGAUUGUGGAAGAUGUUCAUGAGGUGCAGGUAAAUGCUAAUGCUGGCCCAUUGAAUGUCAGAUUUAGUGCAGGAUUAAGCGUAUCAAGAAGGGUUGCUGCUGGAGAGACUUCCCAACAUCAAGUGCAGGGGUCAGAAGGAACGGUUCCAAAACCUGCUGAUGAUCGGUUUUUUACUUGGGCUGCUAUUGGUCUUACCAUUGCUAUAACGGUUCUUUUGUUGAAGAAAUUCUUGAAAUCUAGCGGACAUGAUUUUGGAUCGGAUGGGGGGUUGUAGGUUUUUGAUAAUGUCAACUACUGUCUUGACAUGUUCUGUAUAUAUUUAUAGUCUAGUACUAGACAAGUCUAUGUUUGAGCAUUGUGAGUCAUAUAUGUUAGAGUUGACAUCAAUUUGAAUGAUAUCAAACAUUUGAUUACUAUCUAAACAAUAUUCUACUUA